UAUGGAGGCGGACGUGCUGGACACGCUGGAGGCGCUGGGGUAUAAGGGACCCCUGUUAGAAGAGCAAGCCCUUAGCCAGGCCACAGAGGAUGGAUUGUCAUCACCUGAGUUUUCUGAACUCUGUGUUUGGUUAGGCACUGAGAUAAAAUCACUUUGCAACUUGGAAGAGAGUAUCACUUCAGCUGGAAGAGAUGAUCUGGAGAGCUUCCAACUUGAAAUAAGUGGAUUUUUAAAAGAAAUGGCAUGCCCAUAUUCUGUGCUCAUUUCAGGAGAUAUCAAAGACCGUUUAAAAAAGAAGGAUGACUGUUUGAAACUUCUGUUAUUUUUAAGCACAGAACUUCAAGCUUUACAGAUACAACAGAGCAAGAAACAUAAAAACUGUCCAGUAGAUAAAAGUAAUGAAAUUCAUCAGGAAAUCCAAGCUAUCUGUGAUGCUGUUGGUGUAGCCAAGUCAACAACUUCUGACCUUCCGCUCAUGCUAACCCAAGUGGAAUCAAAGGUGAAAGAUAUUCUUUCCAAAGUCCAGAGAAGUCAUGUUGGAAAACCACUGCUGAAAAUAGAUUUAAAUCUGGAGCAGGCGGAGCAAUUGGAACGAAUAAAUGAUGCCCUUUCCUGUGAAUAUGAGUGCCGUCGACGGAUGUUGAUGAAGCGUUUAGAUGUGACUGUCCAGUCCUUUGGGUGGUCUGAUAGAGCUAAGGUAAAAACAGAUGAUAUCGCAAGAAUUUAUCAGCCGAAACGCUAUGCUCUGUCGCCUAAAACAACAGUUACGUUGGCCCAUCUAUUAGCUGCUCGUGAAGAUCUGUCUAAAAUCAUUAGGACAAGCAGUGGCACCAGCCGAGAGAAGACAGCAUGCGCCAUCAAUAAGGUGCUGAUGGGCAGGGUGCCAGACAGGGGCGGAAGACCAAAUGAAAUCGAGCCACCACCCCCUGAGAUGCCCCCGUGGCAGAAGAGACAAGACGGGGGUGGCAGGGGCGGGUGGGGUGGUGGCGGGGGCCGAGGGGGAGGAGGAGGGGGUGGGCGAGGCGGCUGGGGAGGUGGUGGAGGAGGAGGAGGCGGUGGAGGAGGAGGCUGGGGGGGUGGUGGCUGGGGAGGAGGUGGGAGAGGUGGCUACCAAGGCAGGGGGGAUUAUGGGGGCAGAGGAGGAGGCUAUGGUGGAAGAGGGGGCUAUGGAGGUCGGGGUUACGGAGAUCCAUAUGGGGGAGGAGGAGGAGGAGGAGGAUAUCGCCGGUACUGA